AUGCCACUUCAGAUCCUGCAGAGUGCCACUCAGCAGAGUGAUCACCACACACAGCAGUGCCAGCUGCAGAAACUCUCCCAGGGUCACCAAGCCAUAGCCCACCAGCACAUGCCCACCAAAUGCCAGAAGCAGCUGCCAGAUGUAGACAAAGAUCUGGCAGCCCAGAGUGGCCAGAUCCAGGAUGCAACCAAGGGCUGUGUCCCACAGAUCAGGCAGCAAUGGCAUGGCCAGACUAUCACAGAGCAGAUCAGACUACCACAGCUACAGAAGCAUCAGACCAUUCUUCAGAAUCCAUCCCAGGACGACGAGGACGACGAGGACGACAAGGACGACGAGGAUGACAAGGAGGACGAGGAGGACGAGGAGGAGGCGUUUGCGGACGCCGCCCGGUUAUCAUCUUCAGAUGUCUCGUGGAAACGGGACGCACCACCCGCAGCGGAUGCAGAGGAGCACGGUCGCCCAGGCGGACCUUCCCAAGUGUGGGAAGACAUCGUCCAGGCGGCACUUUGCUGGACGGAUGUCAUUGAUGCUGAAGUCUUUAUCGCCGUAAAUGUGUUUUCAAUGCUCUCGUGGGUGCCAAUGUGCGCCUUUCGAGCUUGUCACAUGCUGACGGCCCAAGCCUUUGAACAUUGGGCUGCACACCCUCAGCAACGAGUUGCCUUGAGCUGGGUGAGGAUCCCACCAGAAUGGCAAAGCGAUUGCCUGCGCUUUAUCGGGCAGCAUUGCAGAAAUGUCCGCCAGCUCGCCGUGCGCGAUACCGCGCACUUCGGCGAAAGGGAACUGCUUCGUUUGGUGUGUGGCAUGCGGCUGAUGGAAUCCUUGCAGGUCGAUGGGUCCUCCUUCGGUGCUGGCUUUCCCGAUCCCCAGCGGCUGUUUGGCAGGUUGGCCAAGUAUUGCCCACGGUUGCAGCACAUUGCCAUGAGUUUUCGCCCAGACAUGCCUUCACAGCGGGUCGUGUUUGAGGUCCGCUCCUUGGCAUGUCUGGGACGGCGCUUGCUGACUUUGGAUCUGGGUGCUGUGGCAGUGCGAAUCUUCGGUGGGUCCUGCACCAUUGCCACGUGCUGCCCUCAACUUCAACGCUUAAGUGUCCAGCUGCAUCAGCAGUUCCAGCCGGACGUGGUCGACCCCAAUGACAUCGCCCAAGGCUGUCCAAUUCAGGACAUGGACCUGGCUCCAGUGGAUUGGAGCGAUCUGAUCUUGGAAAACUUCGUGACGCAGGCGCCCAAUUUGAGACGGCUGGUGCUUCGGCACAUUGCGCCGCAUGCCACGGCCAUGCUGCUGGUGCCACUUGUGGCGAUUUCCAGGUCUCUGGAGGCCAGUGGUUUGUUGCACUUGCACUUGGCGCUGCAUGCUCGAUCGGACCCAGUGAGAGCGGCAGAGUGGCUACAAGCCAUUUCCCAUUUGCAUUUACGCAGCUUGUGCCUUGACUACGCUGCUCCAUUGCUGUUGACUGAAGUGAUCUCUGCCGUGCUUGGUGACGGAGGGAUGGAUGGCAGCUUGACAUCUCUGACCAUCCACGGAUGUCACGCUGUGAACGAUGAAGCACUAGAGGAGCUGACGGUGAGUUUCGCGAGGCCCUGGGGGGUUCGUUUCUUCCCUGAUUCCUGGCGUGGUGUUGGCACUGCCACCACAGAGGGGGUGCAGCUGAUGGUGGACCGGCUUCCCCUGCGAGGAUUGGCGCUCAGCUCGUAA